AUGGUAUCUGAAAAUAUUGGUUACGGCAAUGCCAUACAAGAAUCUCCAGUGCUCCAACCACAAGAUCAAGACCAGACAUUGAAGGACACCCCAUUUUCUCCAUUAGACGGACAAAGUUCUCUCUUGUCACUUACCCUCAAUGAAAUUCAGCUCAAGAGAGGGAAGGCCUUUGGCUCUAUGAACAUGGAUGAAUUUAUUUCUAACUUGUGGAAUUCUGAUGAUAAUCAAGUUCCAUCGCAACCGAACCAAAAUGUUAGGCCUGCUAAUGAUGCUGGCGGAAUGAACCAACAUCCGAAUCUAGCACGGCAAGGCUCUUUCUCUAUCCCUUCCCCCUCGGCAAAAAAACCGUCGAUGAGGUAUGGUUUGAGAUUCAAAAUGAAGAGCCACCGCAACACAAUUCGAACAACGUCGGAAGCUCCUGCAGGAUCCUCACAGCAGAAAAUGGUGACACCUAUUCAGGAUAGCAACAAUACAUGCUUGGACAUGAACUUUGCAAUGGGGCAUAUGAUUGGGCUAGGAUACCAAAAUGUAGGUACCAAUUUGUCCGCCGGAAAUGGUUUCGCAGCGUACCAACUGUUCCCACAAGGCAAAGGGUAUGAUGUGGGAGAAGCUAUAGCAAAUAAUGCUAAGAAUGAGAAGUGUCAAAGCAUGAUCGAAUUAGAAGCACAAUCAAACAAGAAGAGAAUGAGUGACGGUCCGCCUGAGGUAGUCGUGGAGCGGCGGCAACGCAGGAUGAUAAAGAAUCGAGAGUCAGCCGCACGAUCGCGUGCUCGGAAGCAGGCAUAUACGGUGGAGUUGGAACUUGAGUUGAAUCAGCUUAAAGAAGAGAACGCUAAGCUAAAGCAAAUUGUGGUUAUGAAAAGGAAAUCAUCGAAGACGACACCAAAGAAAGCUGAUAAGUUGAAGAGCUUAAGGAGGACAGUCAGUCUAGCUUGGUGA